AUGGCAGGCGCGCCAAGAGUCUGGCGGGUGGUCGGCUUGCUGUGCCUCGUCGUUGGGUACAGUCUGGGUCAGGAAGUGCUGCCUGUGGAUGGCCCGGUACCCGGAGAUCUGGCACGGGAUUUCGAGGUCAAUUUGACCGAUGGGCGUGUAUUUAGCUUUGAGCAGCGCGCUGUAACGCAUCGGCCGCUCGUUGUGUUUGUAUUCAAUGCCAGCGAUCCCUUUGAUGGUGCCAUGCUUGGGUAUGCCAACGGCAGCCAAGAAUUUUUUGCCCUCAAUGCGUCAUUGCCCGUGGACUUUUUGUUUCUGGGCAGCGAUGCGGAAUCUCUUGUGUACCUCAAGAAUUGGCGAGCCCAGGAGCUGCAGAAGCUGCCUUCGGCACUGGCGCUGCAGUGGGCCUCAAAACUGAUGAUUGCUGCAGCCCCGGUCCCAGACCUGUUGGCCCACGAUCCUACACAUGCCCUGCUCAACACACUCGCCUCAUGGACAACACUGACCCGGGCCAUCGCGUGGUCCUCUCUAGACGGCAACUGGACAAGCACGGUGCGCUUGGACGGGCGCUUUCAAUACUGCAACGUGGUCGAGUGGACCAACCAUUCACCCAGCAGCCCGACACAAGCCUGGCCUGCGGCUGGCCUGCAGCUCAAGCUGAUUGAGAAUCCAUGUGCCCCUGUUCCUGAGAAUCUAGUUUCGCUCGUGGGGUUGGCUGAUCUAACCGGCCAUGCUGGCUGCUCUGCGGACGAAGCAGCUCAAUACAUCAUGGGCAGCAACGCCACUGGCGUGGUGGUUAUGGUAGAUGAUGCACCAAGCAGCUUUCCCCUGCUUGGCCAAGGCUCAUUUGAGGACAACGGGCUCUGGGAUGGCAAUGAUGAUCAUGGAUUCUGCUCGGCCAUUGCUCGUCAUGACUCGCUGCUGAAGCAGCUACGCAAUUCGCAAGCCGUCAACAUGACCUACGUGACCGCGCCUCGUGCUGGAGCCUUUAUUGGCCUUGAUCACCAGGGACGCUGGGCGGAAAUGGGAGCCCCAAUCAAUCCCACACUGAUGCUGCUGGGGUGGCAGGCCGAGUUUCUUGAUUAUCAGCAGCGGCUGGCUCAGAACCUGUCGCGCCCCGCGCUGGAAGUGCCCAUCUUCACACCAGCCAUUGGCGAGCAGGCGAGCGCAACCGUAGUCAUCCCGGUUCAGGCCAGCAAUGCUUCUCUAAUUUGGCUCGAGGCUCGCAUGUCCUGUCAAGGCAGCUUUGAUUUGGAUUGUGACAUGUGGGAUCAUGUGCAUACCGUGAGCGUGACAUGCGAUGGCAAGCCGUCAACCAGUGGUGUUGGGGAGCAGGAUGUGCAGGCCUCUGAAAUUGGGCGCUGGGUUACACCAUACCGUCGUCGGGUGGGCCAUUGGUUGACAGAUGUCACAACUUACGGCGCCCAGCUUCGUCCGGGAGCGCGCUGCCAAUUCAAUCUAUCCGCCACCGACAACGGCUCCCCGUGGGUGUUCAAGCUCUCCCUGCGCUAUCCCUUGGACAAUGACCCCGGCCUGUUGCACGGUGUGCCCGUGGCCAUGAACCGCCUCUUCAACACAUCCGAGCUCUCUACGUUUGAUGGCACCUACAACACGCGAGAUGCCCUUCAGAUUGCAGCCCCAGCCCAGCUACCCGCUGGCCAGCGGCGUGCGUACUUGACAGCCAUCAUCACGGGUCAUGGAAGUAUGGAGUUUGUACCAUCCAACCACACAUUUUUGGUCAAUGGACAUGCCUUCAGCGUCGCCUUUCUAGAGCCCUUGGACCAAAUGGCGUGCGCUCGCCGAGCCGCAGAGGGGGUUGAGCCCAAUGGGCACGGUGCCAUCUGGUUUGGGCGAGAUGGUUGGUGCAAUGGAAUGAAAGUGGACAGCUGGCUCGCGGAUGUGACAACCGCCAUUGCCGACUCAAACACGAUUGAGUAUCAGGCUUUUCAGUACGAUACAGGUCGUUGGGUUCAACCGAAUAGUACAGAUGGGUAUAUGCGGGUGACAUCAAAUCUUGUAUGGGUGCAAGCCCCAUGA